CCCGCGUUGAUCACCCCCGCAUUUCACCCCUCACGAACCAGUCUGGUGUAACGUCAAUUAGCUUCAUCACCGCAUCAACAUCUCUAGCCGAGAAUCAGCCACCUCCCGUGUGAUACUACAACUUUGCCAGUCAGAGACAGUAUUGAUAUGCAAGAUCAGGCCCACUCUCUCGUCGAAGAAGCUGCCGCCCGCUUCGAGUCCAUCCCUUCAAACCAACGACUCUUGAUUUCCGUUGCUGGCAUUCCAGGCAGCGGCAAGACGACAUUGGCAGCUCAUGUCGUCCGAGGGCUGAACGAGAAGCUCGGAGGAGCAGUUGCAGCCAUGGUUCCGAUGGAUGGAUACCAUUAUACCCGUGCCCAGCUCUCUGCAAUGCCAGAUCCCGCGCGGGCCCAUUACUGUCGCGGAGCACAUUGGACCUUCGAUCCUAUUGGCCUUGCAAAACUCAUUGUUGCCUGCAAGGCCCCGAUAUCGGAGACGGAGCCGCCAACAAUUUAUGCAGCGAGCUUCGAUCACGCUGUGAAGGAUCCGGUGGAGAACGAUAUUCCUAUCAAACCCACCCAGAGGAUCCUCGUGUUCGAAGGAAACUAUCUUUCCCUUUCAGCCCCGGAGGAAUGGACUGCUGUAUCAGCAUUGUUUGACAUGCGGUGGUUCGUGGAAGUCGAUGAGAACCUGGCGAAGCAAAGGCUGGCAAAACGACAUGUUGCGGCGGGAAUAUCUGCAACUUUAGAGGAUGGAGUGGCGCGAGCUGAGGGAAACGAUAUACCCAAUGGGCGGUUCUUAUUGGAGAAUCGUGUGCCAGUCGACAUUGUGAUCGAGAGCAAAAACGAUCUCAGCUUUGCUGCAAUAGUUUGAGGAUGGGAUUGGGUUAUGAAGGGUGUUUCGCUGUCAUGAUCUGCGGAUCUCAUUCGGUGCAUCAGCUUCAGCGGUUAGGGUUAGAUUUGGCUAUCUGCCUAUGGAAAAUACCAACUCUGAGAAGCUUACGCUUUUACCAUCCCGUUGUCGUGUCUCCGUUGUCUGGUAUUGCUAGUCAGGCUGAACUUACCUGCCCA